AUGGCGAGCGCGCUCACGCUCCUUGGUGUUGCUGCUGCAUUGGCUGCGGCGUCGCCUCUUCAAGAGAAGCCCGCUGGUGCGACGCAGCAGCAGCAGCAGCAGCAGCAGCCCAAGAGCUUUCUGAAAGAAAUUGGGCCUUCGACAUGGGUGCUUGGAAACGAGCUGUGGAAUGUUACGCAAAACGCGCAGUAUGCGAAUAAGUUGAUGUACCGCGGGAAAGACCGCGUGGGCAACGCCGUGGGGCACUAUGUCAGCUACAAUGGCGCGGCAUCCGAUCUCACAUGGACGUCUGCAGCGAUUGUAGAUUCGGAUGCGGAUUGGAUUGACGUCAAGUUUACCGCGCGCGAGGGCGACUUUCACUGGGUGAUUUUCGAUGACUUACCAGGCGCAUACCAGUACUUUGUGAACCGCGCUCUGCCCACUCUAGGCGAGUUCCGCACGCUCUGGCGCCUGGACAACGCGUCGUUUACCAACGGGCAUACCGAUGUCAAGGACGGUGCGCUGCCGCGGCUGGAAGAGUACGUCGACGCUGUAAAAGUCCAGGACGAAACGUGGGAAAAGCCUGAUGGCACUUACCUGACAAAGUACGACUGGAGUGCUUUUGUCAGAGACCAAACGUACCAUGGUGUGUAUGGGGAUGAGGUGGGAAGCUGGUAUAUCAGGCCCGGCAAAGACUACAAUAAUGGCGAUCAUCUGAAGCAAGAGCUCAUGCUCCACCGCGAGUCCCAAACAGGCGACACAGUCCAACUCAACAUGGUCCACGGGACUCACUACCAAGCCACGUCGCGCGACGCGUUUGGCGUAGGAAAAACCUGGGGCCCCUGGCUAUGGUACCUCAACGACGGCAGCCAAAGCGAUGCAGCCGCGCGCUGGACCGCCGAGCAAGCCGCAUGGCCCUACGCAUGGUUCAAAGACGCCGCGUACCAGGCCCGCGGCACACUCACGGGCAGCCUGCUUCUCAGCGACGGCCCCCCGGCCUCGGGCGCCGCCAUCUUCCUCGGCGACAACCGCAACACCACCGUCUCGACGCUCGACCAAGGCCAGAAGUACUACUACACCACGUACGCCGACGAAAAAGGUGCCUUUUCCAUCCCCCACGUCCGCACAGGCUCCUACGCCCUCUCCGCCUGGAGCAACGCGGGAUCCCUAUCCCCGCUCACCACCACUUUCACACACAACGACAUUGCCAUUGAAGCCGCCACCACAACCUCGCUUCCACACCUCACAUGGCCUGUUUCCGUCUCCAGCACAACCGCAACCCGCAUCUUCCAAAUCGGCGCUUUCGACCCCAAGACAGACGGCUUCCGCUUCGCAGACCCCACAAGCCCCAUCCAGCACGCGCGCCUCGACAAGUGUCCCGCAAACCUGACGUACACGGUCUCUGUAAACGAGGCUUCGGACUGGUGUUUUGCGCAGUCGCAGCUGGGCACGUGGAGUGUUAUUUUUGCGUCGCCUACGCGCGCAGCCGCAACGCUGGUGCUGUCGCUCGCGGGCUUCUCGCAGGGCUCGUCGGCGACGGUGCUGCUGAAUGGAGUGCGUGUCGGCGAUAUCUCGAGCGCGGCCUUGCCGAAUAGCCAGGAUACGUAUCGCGGGGCGACGAGGGCCGGCGAGUGGCAUCGGCUCGAGUUUCCUGUUGGCGCUGGGGUGCUGGUGCAGGGAAGUGCGAAUACGCUGGAUAUCAGGGUGACCAAGAGUGAGAGGUGGAGGGGGUGGCUUUGGGAUAGCUUGGUUUUGGAGACUGCGUAG